AAAUCUGAAACAUUCUAACAUAUUGCUUAAAUAAUAAGCUUUUAUAUGUCUUUGGUAGGCCAGUUAUUGAUCAAAAUCUUUAUUUUAUGGGUCUCAAAGCUACCACAGCCACUUUUGUAGCUGCAAUGUCGAAUGUUCUUCCUGCUAUAACUUUUGUCAUGGCAUGUAUUUUAAGAGUUGAGAAGCUAAACCUAAAGAGCAUCCGUAGUCAGGCCAAGGUAUUAGGGACAGUGACAACUGUUGCAGGUGCCAUGGUGAUGACACUUAUUAAAGGCCCGAUUUUAGAGCUUUUUUGGACAAAAGGAAGAACGUAUCAUGAAGUUGCAACUAGUGGAGUAGAUCUUCACAAUUCUCUCAAGGGUACUUUUAUGAUCACUCUUGGAUGCGUCAGUUGGUCUGGUUUCAUGAUUUUGCAAUCGAUCACCCUAAAGUCUUAUCCCUCUGAGAUUUCUCUAACUACUUGGAUAUGCGUAAUGGGAACGGUUGAGGGGGGGAUAUUGGCAUUGAUAAUGGAGAGGGGAAAUCCCACAGCCUGGGCAAUAAAGUGGGACACCACACUAAUGGCAACUGUAUACACAGGAAUAGUGUGUUCGGGUCUAGCAUAUUACAUCCAAGGACUAGUAAUGAGAGUCAAAGGUCCUGUUUUUAUGACUGCAUUUUAUCCAUUGUGCAUGGUAAUUGUAGCUGUGAUGGGUUCCAUUAUUUUAGCUGAGCAAAUGUAUCUAGGAAGGGUUAUUGGAGCCAUUGUCAUAGUUGCAGGGCUUUAUCUUGUUGUUUGGGGUCUUAGCAAGGACAAUUAGCUUCCAUCUGUACCCAUUGAUGAGAAAAUAAUAGCACUAGAAGAACAGAUGCCGGAUAAAGAAUGUGAAGAAAGUCUAUCAGAAGGUCAUAACCGUCUAAUAAAUCUCAUGUUCUAAGAAUUCUCAUGUGUCUAAUAAGUGUGUGUCAUGUACGUGGAUACCACUGUUGUCAAUAUCUCACAUGGACAUUCCAUUGUUAUCCAUAUUACCACAUGUUUUAUUAAUGUUAUGGAGUCUGAAAAAUCCCUUAAUCAAAGUUUUUACGUGGUGACGUAGCGUUAUUAUCGUCACUACUGAAAUCUGAUCCAUUGAUUAGGCAUCGUAAUCUUUAUGUUUUGUUGAAGGUACCAUGGGUACGCUAUUCUAUCAGACGAGAUAUUAAUCCCUUAGAUUCCUUUAUCUAAGGGAUUAAUAUCUCGUCUGAUAUAUUCUAAUACCGUGUUGUUAAAAAUCAAGAU